AUGAUCAUUAUUGUGUAUGCAGUGGUUGAAGGUCUCCCGGUUCAAGAGUGGGUAUCAUUUGACAGCUUGGAAUUGCCCCAGAAGGAGAGAAGUUCUCUACAUAUGGGCCUGUUACCUGAUCAAGGCCAUGUGGUGCAUGAGGAUCCAAAAGCUUUUGUCAGAGAAGAGUCAUCUGUGCAGGAGCAACCAGCAAGGUCUAACCUAGUGCAAGAGGAUGGGUCCUUUAAAGGAAAAAGUCUGGUGGAACCUGAGCCUCUUGAGGAUUUGGAUAGCAAAGUACUGGCUGGAGAGUCCCCGAAGAGACGGAAAUCCUGGGAGCCAGGAUUGGGAACAGAAAGGUUUUGCUUUUUUGGCCAUGAGAUCAGCAUCCAGGAAUCGUUUGAAUCAUAUGGUGCACUCACCUGGCCUGGGGCAGUGGCUCUCUGCAGGUACCUGGAAGCAAAUCAUGAGCAUAUCAGUCUGCUAGAUAAGGCAGUGCUGGAGCUAGGAGCAGGAACAGGACUGGUGUCCAUUGUGGCCUGUUUAAUGGGUGCUUGGGUGACUGCCACAGAUCUGCCUGACAUCAUGGACAAUCUGAACUUCAAUCUCUCACGCAACACACGUGGUCGCUGCAAGUACACACCUCAGGUGGCCCAGCUGAACUGGGGGGAAGACCUGGACCAUCAUUUUCCCAGUUCUAUCUAUAACUAUGACUACAUCCUAUGUGCAGAUGUUGUCUAUCACCACAACUGUCUGGAUGAGCUUCUACUCACCAUGAAGCACUUCUGCAAACCUGGAACAACCCUGCUCUGGGCCAACAAGAUCCGCUUUGCCGCAGACCUGAAUUUCAUUGAAAGUUUUAAGAAGGCCUUCAACACCAUACUGCUAGUGGAGGUUCCAGAGGAGAUGGUGCGAAUAUACCAAGCCACUGCACGAGUGAAUGUGAGAAGACACCAAGAGCAAAAGACAGUAACUGAACUACUAAAACUAGAUUAAAAAGAAAACUUGCCUAUAUAGUUCACAAAAUUACAUUAAAAUAUUUAAAAAUGUCAAAGUAAAACUCAAUUCUAAGGAAGCUGUGGCAAGACUUGAAAAUUGCUGUUCAACAACAUUCUACAUUUAGUCUGACAGAGGUAAAGAUCCCAAUUAUGUCCAUUUUAAUUCCACUACAAAAGUUGACAGUGGUGAAUACUUAAGCAUGGCAUUAUGAUUAAUUGUAAAUUUAUGUAUAUUUAAAUUUGUGACAAAACACCACAUUGCAGAAUUACUGGUAUUUAGUUUUAAUUACUUACACUUGAUCUGAUAACUUUUCUGUGCACCAAUGUUUAUGUGAAAACGACAGUUCUAAAUGAAAAAACAAAAUUUUUUUUAUUCUUUUAUUCAAUGUUGAGAGAUGAAGCCCUAGGCUAUACUACAAAAAUAUACAUUUCAGAUUAAAUUUUUGAUCAGACUAUGUAUCAAUAAACGCAUUCCUAUUUCAUCAAA